AUGCUCCGCUGUUCUGGACUACCAUUUCUACCGGGCAAUACGUUUGCCGAUAUCGGGCGAACGAGAUACCAUAAGUCUCAUCACUUUGACCGAUGGAACCGAAUAUGCAUGUUGGCCGAACAGAAUCGGCCCGGAAUAGGUGGAAAGCAAAUCUCAUUGACCGAUGGUCCCGAGUACUGUCUUCCGUCUUUGUACCCUCCCCGGCAAGGCCCAUUGUUACCGUCAUGGCUGACAUAUGACCGAAAAGUUCUCUGCUUUCAUGGAUUUUUUCAAGAAACUCUAAACGAAGUCGACCGCAUUCCGUAUCAAAUUCGAAAAGUUAGAAUUCUCUACUAUCUCGAGGAUAACACUAUGCAAGUUAGCGAACCGCGAACCAUAAAUUCUGGCAUUCCACAAGGUUGCCUAGUAACGCGUCAAAGAAUUCCCCGCCCACCGCCGUACGAUGGGGAGUUUACCUCAUUACUGGAUCUAAAUAUUAACCACACCGUGCAGCUGUUCGAUCGCGUGUACACCAUAACAGGAUGUGAUGAUUUCACUCGAAAAUUCCUAAACCGGCUCGGGGUGUCUAUUCCCGAAACAGUCGAAGCACCUGUAGACCCAGGGACCGAAAAACGUAAACAGCAGGACGCCGCCAAGUUGGCCAAGCGACCGGCCUAUAAAAUCGAUACACUGGGCAAGUUUCUUGAAUAUGACCGGAAGGUUUUACGCUUCCAGGGUUUUUGGGAUGACCGAACUAGUUUGUUUGGUGAUUUGCACGAGCUAGAAGUACUCUAUCAUUUAAGUGACGAGUCUGUCGAAAUCAAAGAGAAAUUGCCACUCAAUUCUGGUCGUGAAUCAAACGGCAUGUUUCUACGUAGAGGCCGUCUGCCAAAACAAUUUGAGCGCUUGCCGACCAUGGGUGAGAGCAUACCGGUUACUGUGCUGAAUGUUGUCGGAGGUGGCCUUAAAGGUGGACGCUACCUAACCGAUUGCGUAGAUAUUGGAAAAAUCGACGAAAACUAUUAUAAGGACUCCGAUUUCGCAAUCGGAAAUACAAUUAAUGUGUACGGCAGAAAAAUUAUACUCACAAAUUGUGAUCAUUUUACUAAAGAUUAUUACAGAACGAAGUUCGGUAUAGAAGAUUUCACACCAAUCCACGGGUAUAGCGUACGGAAAAAUGAAUUCCAGCAACUAUCGCGCAAAGAACGGCAGCUACCCCCUUACAAUGGCUGGGGAUCGCACGAAGAUUCCGAAGGUAAUUGCAUAACUGUGGAGCCAACACCGCCAAAAAUUGACUUUCGAAAAUUUGUGGUCUAUGAUCGUUGCAACCUUCGCUUUGGAGCCCACAUGAUCUCCAACAUUAGAGAGAAUAAUGAUCGAUUCUUUGUAAUCACAUAUUUCUUGAGUGACGACACUGUGUCGGUUUAUGAGUUAAUGAUCAGAAACUCUGGAUUUCAGGGAGGCAUGUUCAUCAAACGUUGUAGGAUGUUGCUACCUAAUCAGAAUAUUUUUACCUCAAAUCGGCCAAAAUAUUAUAAAGCUCAAGAUUUUUAUCUGGGCACUACAGUAAUUUUACAGGAUUACAAGUUUACCAUUACCAACUCCGAUAUCUACGCUCUAACUUUCAUGGAAACUUACUGCGAAGAGUUUCCUCUAUCAAACGUAUCAAAAAUAGUCCAAAAGAUCCGAGACGCGCUUCGACCAAUAUACAAAGAGUACGUAGCCAAGCAUAUGGACAAAAUAAUACACAAAAAUAUCGACGAAAAGUCCACUGCCACAGUGAGUUAUGAAGCCCUACAUGAGAUGCUAACAGAAUUAUUAGGGGAUCGAAUUGUCGAGCAGGAAAUUGUUACCCUUUGCAGACAGUUUUCAGCGGAAUCCAACGAGAAGAUUAGCUGUGACAAGGAACUAGUCCGUUCUGCUGUACAUGGUGAACUGACACGAGAACUUUGGAACGAUCUCGAACGUACCAAGGAGCACCUCUAUCAUUUGAAUCCCGACUCAAGUGUUUGGAUGUGUCCGAAACAUAUCGUUGGUACCAUCAAAGCUUGUCGUAUUCCCAUUGACAACGCUCUGAUCGAUGCACUGUUAGAAAUCUUGAAUCGUAAUGAACGUGGAGAUGUAGAAGUUAAAGAUUUCCUGGAUAUCCUGAAUCCAAUGCAGACACCAUGCAGGCCGUUGCAACCACUCAAUAUUAAGCAUGACGUAUGCUACUUCACGCCUUAUCAGGUCAAAGGGAACUUGGUCGAUUGGGAUAAGCUACUGAGUAGCGUUGAUCUGGAGAAAGAACUGACAGAUCAGACUUCAUGA